AUGGCCGGGCUUCCCCGCAGGAUCGUCAAGGAAACCCAGCGCUUAAUGGCAGAACCAGUUCCUGGAAUAAAAGCUGAACCAGAUGACAGCAAUGCACGGUAUUUCCAUGUUGUAAUUGCAGGUCCACAGGAUUCACCAUUUGAAGGAGGAACAUUUAAACUUGAACUAUUCCUUCCUGAAGAGUACCCAAUGGCAGCUCCUAAAGUACGAUUCAUGACCAAAAUCUAUCAUCCGAAUGUAGACAAGUUGGGAAGAAUAUGUCUAGAUAUAUUGAAAGAUAAAUGGUCUCCAGCUCUGCAGAUCCGUACAGUGCUUCUAUCAAUUCAGGCUUUGUUAAGUGCACCGAAUCCAGACGAUCCAUUAGCAAACGAUGUAGCUGAGCAGUGGAAGACAAAUGAAGCCCAAGCUAUAGAGACAGCCAGAGCAUGGACUAGGCUAUAUGCCACGAAUAACUGUUAA